AGCAUUUUUGCCGUCCCCUCCUGCUCUCUCCCCCUCUCUGCCGCUGCACUGCGCCGCGCCUCGCCGCCACCCGCGAGAUGCGGAGCCUCGCCAUCACGAGCCCCGUCCCGCCCACCUCCGCCGCCGCCGCUAGGCGGCAGCCCCGGUCUUCCGCAUCUGGCAGGGAGGUGGUUUCACAAUGUUUGAAGUGUGAGAUAAAUAAGGACCGGCCUUUGGGAGGUUAUCUAAGGAUAGGUCAGUCUCAAGGAAGUUUGCUAAGACAUGGUUCCAAGAAUUUUAUCGCACAAGCUGCUGCAGCUAUUUCAGUUGAACAAGAUGAAGUCAGUACUUAUCUUCCAAAAGGUGAUAUGUGGUCUGUGCACAAGUUUGGUGGCACUUGCAUGGGAACACCUCAAAGAAUCCAGAAUGUUGCUGAUAUAGUUCUUGGUGACUCUUCCGAGAGAAAGCUGAUCAUUGUCUCUGCAAUGUCCAAAGUUACUGACAUGAUGUACAGCCUUGUGCAUAAGGCUCAGUCGAGGGAUGAUUCUUACACGAUGGCAUUGGAUCAAAUUUUUGAGAAGCAUAUGGCUUCAGCUAAGGAACUUCUUGAUGGAGAAGACCUUGCAAGGUUCUUGUCUCAGUUGCAUUCAGACAUCAGUAACCUGAGAGCAAUGCUCCGUGCUAUUUAUAUAGCUGGACAUGCAACAGAGUCUUUCUCUGAAUUCGUUGUUGGGCAUGGAGAGUUGUGGUCAGCUCAGAUUCUGUCAUAUGCUAUACAGAAGUCUGGGACAGCUUGUAGUUGGAUGGAUACAAGAGAAGUUCUAGUUGUGAAACCUAGUGGUUAUAACCUGGUAGAUCCUGAUUAUUUGGAAUCUAAGAAGCGACUCCAGAAAUGGUUUUCACGACAACCUGCUGAGAUAAUAGUUGCUACUGGCUUUAUUGCGAGUACUGCUGAAAACAUUCCUACUACUCUGAAAAGGGAUGGAAGCGAUUUCUCAGCAGCAAUAAUUGGUUCCCUUGUGAGGGCACGUCAGGUCACAAUCUGGACUGAUGUUGAUGGGGUAUUUAGCGCAGAUCCUAGAAAAGUUAGUGAAGCUGUGAUCUUGAGCACAUUAUCAUAUCAGGAGGCCUGGGAAAUGUCAUAUUUUGGGGCAAAUGUGUUGCAUCCCCGUACCAUUAUACCUGUGAUGAAAGACAAUAUUCCCAUUGUCAUUAGGAACAUGUUCAAUCUCUCUGCCCCUGGAACCGUGAUUUGCAAGCAGCCUGCCAAUGAAGAUGGCGAUUUGGAUGCUUGCGUCAAGUCCUUUGCUACUAUAGAUAAUCUGGCCCUUGUUAAUGUUGAAGGAACCGGAAUGGCUGGUGUUCCAGGUACAUCAAGUACCAUAUUUAGUGCUGUCAAAGAUGUUGGUGCCAAUGUUAUCAUGAUAUCUCAGGCUAGCAGUGAACACUCGAUAUGCUUUGCUGUUCCAGAAAAGGAAGUUGCAGCAGUCUCUGCAGCCUUGCAUGUUAGGUUUCGUGAGGCAUUAGCAGCAGGAAGGCUAUCUAAGGUUGAAAUCAUUCAUGGUUGCAGCAUUCUUGCUGCUGUUGGCCUGAGGAUGGCAAGUACUCCUGGAGUCAGUGCAAUCCUUUUUGAUGCGCUAGCAAAGGCAAACAUUAAUGUACGAGCAAUAGCUCAAGGUUGCAGCGAGUACAACAUUACUGUUGUAUUGAAGCAAGAAGAUUGUGUCAGGGCUCUCAGAGCUGCUCACUCAAGGUUUUUCCUCUCCAAAACCACACUUGCUGUUGGGAUAAUUGGACCUGGUUUGAUUGGCGCGACACUUAUUAAGCAGCUUGGGGAGCAGGUAGCUGUUCUCAAGGAAAAUAUGAAUAUUGAUGUGCGAGUGGUUGGAAUAACUGGCUCAAGCACGAUGCUUUUGAGUGACUCAGGAGUAGACUUAAGCAGGUGGAAAGAAGAUCUACAAACAGAAUCAAAACCAGCUGAUCUUGCUAUUUUUGUUCGCCAUUUGUCUGAGAAUCAUGUAUUUCCAAACAAAGUUUUGGUGGACUGCACAGCAGAUACAAAUGUAGCAUCUCAUUAUUAUGACUGGUUGAAGAAGGGCAUCCAUGUCAUCACGCCGAAUAAGAAAGCAAAUUCUGGGCCACUUGAUCGGUAUCUGAAACUAAGGACUCUGCAGCGUGCAUCAUAUACUCAUUACUUUUACGAGGCAACUGUUGGUGCGGGCCUCCCAAUCAUUAGCACCCUGCGAGGUCUUCUGGAGACGGGUGACAACAUAUUGCGUAUCGAAGGGAUUUUCAGUGGAACUUUGAGUUAUAUUUUCAACAAUUUUGAAGGAACAAGGAGCUUUAGUGAUGUCGUUGCUGAAGCAAAAGAAGCUGGAUACACUGAGCCAGAUCCAAGAGAUGAUCUAUCUGGAACAGACGUUGCCAGAAAGGUCAUUAUCCUUGCAAGGGAGUGUGGUUUGAGACUUGAGCUUUCAGAUAUUCCUGUCAAGAGCCUUGUGCCAGAGCCGCUUACGUCAUGCUCAUCGGCGGAUGAAUUCAUGCAAAAGCUACCAUCCUUCGACCAGGACUGGGCCCGGCAACGCCAUGAAGCUGAGGCUGCAGGCGAAGUACUGCGGUACGUUGGAGUGGUGGACGUGCUGAACAAGAAGGGAAGGGUAGAGCUGCAGAGGUACAAGAAGGAUCACCCGUUCGCCCAGCUAUCUGGCUCCGACAACAUCAUCGCCUUUACCACCUCGAGGUACAAGGAACAACCGCUGAUGGUGCGAGGGCCAGGCGCAGGCGCGGAGGUCACCGCUGGAGGCGUCUUCUGCGACAUCCUGCGGCUGGCCUCCUACCUCGGCGCUCCCUCCUAGACCAAUUUACGGAGGCAGAUGCAAGGCAACAUGUACUAUUCCUGGACUUCGUAUUAGUUUGUUGAACAUGUUAGAGGGAAUCAAAUAAGGUUGUUCGUGGGAGGGGCCGGGCCGCCGUGGGGGUGGUGGCUUCACUCCUUUGAGUUAGAUCUCACGCAAUAACUGUUAUCGAAUUAUAAUUAUAAUACAAUAAUAAUAAUAAGGGGCGUAAUAAUAAUGCCUCUUCUGCGACUGACGGUUUUCGUAUUCA